CGUGUGGCUCGCACGCCCGGCGUGAAUCCCGAAGAAGCCACUCGCCUGCUGCAGGCUGCGCGACAGUUGGUGGAACAGACCCUGCAUUGUGCUGCUCAGGACACCGGUGGGGGACGUCGGCCGGACAGGGAGCAGCAAUUAGCCUUCUUGGUCGGCCUUCCUGGUGUUUGGAUCCUUGCGGCUACCCUCUAUCAUUAUCUGGGUUCAUUGGCUGAACGCAACAGGUACAUUUCCAAGUACGCCGAACUCUCUCCGUACUUUACACAGGAGAUUAUCUUCCCCCAGGGUUCGGACGAACUUUUCAUCGGGCGAGCUGGCUACCUGUGCGGUCUGUACGAACUGCGACAGAUAACAGGCGAGCAAAUUGCUUGCAAGGAGGUUCUUUUUCGCCAACCCGACUGUCAUCCAUCUACUCUACCUGUUUAG